AGCGGUAUAACGUGGAUAAUGUGUACGUGCCAAAUUAAUCAAAAGAAAUAAAUUUAGAGUUUAAUAUUUUAAAAUAAAAACUGAAUUUACGUUAUACCGAACUCACACCAUCACUUAUUUGCUCCAUUUAAUCCAGCAAAUAUGGGAAAAUUGGACGUUAAAUUAUUGCGAUAUUUAACCUCAGAAGAAUUUCGUGUCUUAACAGCGAUUGAAAUGGGCAUGAAAAAUCAUGAACUCGUGCCUGCAUUACUUGCUGCACAAAUAGCGAAUCUACGUUAUGGUGGAGUUCAUAAAGUGUUAAGAGAAUUGUGCAAGCAUAAACUGCUUAGUUAUGAACGAGGAAAACGAUAUGAUGGUUAUCGUUUGACGAAUGCUGGCUAUGAUUAUUUAGCCUUAAAGGUUUUAACACAGAGAGGAGUAAUUUCUUAUUUUGGUAACCAAAUUGGUGUUGGCAAGGAAUCUAAUAUUUACGUUGUUGCUAAUGACAAAGAGACUCCUUUAUGUCUAAAAUUACACAGACUAGGUAGAACGUGCUUUCGAAAUAUUAAGGACAAAAGAGACUAUCAUCAGCAUAGACAUUCUGCCUCUUGGUUGUAUCUAUCAAGAAUAUCAGCAACUAGAGAAUUUGCAUAUAUGACAGCACUUUUGGAUAGAGGUUUUUCUGUGCCAAAACCAAUUGACUUCAACAGGCAUUGUGUUAUUAUGGAGCUGGUUGAAGGUGGACCUCUGUGUAAUGUAAGUGAAGUAAGCAAUGUAGAAGCAUUAUAUGACGAGCUCAUGGAUUUGAUUGUCAGACUGGCAAAUCAUGGUGUUAUACAUGGAGACUUCAAUGAGUUUAACAUAAUGAUCAAAGAUGAUGGUAAACCUGUCAUUAUUGAUUUCCCACAAAUGGUUUCUACGGAACAUGAAAAUGCGGAAGCAUAUUUUCAAAGGGAUGUGAAUUGCAUUCGUGAUUUCUUUAAGAGACGUUUUGGGUAUGAAAGUGAACUGUAUCCAAUUUUUCAAGAUAUAUCACGAGAGGAUUGCAUAGAUGUUGAAGUCAGAGCUAGUGGCUUAACAAAACAAAUGGAGAAAGAUCUGUUUAAAGGAAUGGGUAUCGAUGAUGAUGAUGAUGAAGAAGAAGAAGAAGAAGAAGAAGAGGAAGAAAGGAAAAAGAAUGAGGAAAAGGCUCACAAGAACCAUAAAGAUUUAGAAGAAGAAAUAAGUGAUUUACAACUUCAAGUUGAAAAUUCUGUAAGAGAAGUAUUUGAUGUUCCACAGAAAGAAGCAACUUUGAAUAAUUAUAAUGAAUGUUUGGAACAAACGGCAGCGCUAUGUUUUAAGGAUCAAAAUAAUACAGAAAAAAAUGAAAUGACACAUAUUAAUGAUUAUGAUGAUACGAGGAGUAUACGGAGUGUCACAACGGCUUCUACAAUCGCGCCGGAUGUAAUAAAAAAGAGGACAAAAUUACUGCUUGACAAACGCGAAAAGAAGAACCGAACAAGGAUACUUGUCAAAGGAGAAGCAAGUGCAGUAACGAGGCAACGUAGAGAUAACAGAACUACGAUUAAAGAGUACGAAUCGUCGGGAAUUUGGGGUGGUUUGGAUUAAAGCACGUAUGUACUAAUUAUUUUGUAAAUUAUUUAGUAUAUACGUAAUACAAAAACAAUUAUAAUUAGCAAAAUAUUUUUAUUAAUAGUUUGAUACUUGUAUAUGUAUUAAAAAUACAAAUGUUUUUCCAACACAUUUCUAUAGUUUUUAUCUCAUACGUCGUGAUGUCAUAUCUAAGUUACACAAUAACAAGUAGUUUUGAAUGUUGUGUUUAAUUUUUGAACUCUAUAAAAAUUCCCAUAGAUAAGAUAAUAAACGUAUUAAAGAGAGAUCAUAAAGGCAUUAAUCUUUGAAGGCCAACUGUUUUUUAUAUCUCGGAAAAAGAUAGAAAGUAGUUCUACUUGGUCCUACUUCAUGAACUAAAUAUCUGAUUUGUUUCAAUUGCACAUAAUGUUGUAAUA